AUGGCGCCCACAAAGGUAGUCCGAAAAUCAACGGAGGAAGAAGUCGCCGUUGUACUUGCCGAUUACAUUUCCCAACGCUCAACUAAAUACAUCGCCGACCAUGGUUCCUUCUCCGUCGUCCUCUCCGGCGGCACUUUAAUAGACACUCUCAGGCAUUUUGUAUCCGUCACUGCUCUCAGGAAAUUAGUUGAGCCUCCAUACGUUACCUCCAUAGAUUGGUCGAAAUGGUUGAUUUUCUUCCUCGAUGAACGUGUUGUUUCUCACGACGAUCCUGAUUCCAAUUACAAGCUUGCCUAUGACGGAUUUCUCAGUAAGGUGCCGAUACCGGAAUCAAACAUCUAUGCAAUCAAAGAAGGGUUAUCGCCGGAGGAAGCAGCAGAAGAAUAUGAACAGCGGCUCAAAGAUCUGGUAGCUAACAAGAAACUAAGAGCAUCGCCAAUUACAGGGUUUGCUAAAUUCGAUCUGAUGUUAGUCGGAAUGGGUCCAGAGGGGCAUGUUGCGUCGCUAUUUUGCUGGCAUUUUCAGCGAUUUGAGAAGGAGAAAUGGGUGACUUUCGUCAUGGAUUCACCCAAACCUCCUUCUAAAAGAAUCACUUUCACCUUCCCAUUGAUCAAUUCGGCGUCGGAGAUUGCAAUGGUGGUGACCGGAGAAGAGGUGGGGGAUGCGUUGAAGCUGACGAUGGGCCCACAUGCUUCGUAUGGUUAUCCGUUGCCUGCGCAGAAGGUUUCACCCGAAGGAGAGCUUACAUGGUUCUUGGAUAAUGCUGCGGAUCCUCCACGAAACCCUUGUUGUAUACUUUAA